CACAGUUCAGCCUCUUAGUCGCAGCCCCAGGGGAACAGGAUCCAUCACUGGGCUUGGCACUCGCUUUGACCAGUGGAGGAAGUGGGAUGGACUAGCGUGCCUGCACGUUGCCCCACGUGCCAUGCCCUUCCCCAACAGCUCCGAUCUCAGCCCUUCCUCCUUCAUUCUGGCCAGCAUUCCUGGGCUGGAGGCUGCCCACUUCUGGAUGGCGAUCCCCCUGUGCUCCAUAUACAUUGUGGCCAUCGCAGGCAACUGUGCGGUGCUGUUCAUCGUGAAGACGGAGCCGAGCCUGCACGCUCCCAUGUACUUCUUCCUCUGCAUGCUGGCGGCCAUUGACCUGGCCUUGUCCACGUCCACAGUGCCACGCGUCCUCUCCUUCUACUGGUUCAACACCAGGGAGAUCAGCUUUGGCGCCUGCCUCCUCCAGAUGUUCCUCAUCCACACCCUGUCGGCCAUCGAGUCCACCGUCCUCCUGGCCAUGGCUGUGGACCGGUACGUGGCCAUCUGCCACCCGCUGAGACAUGCCGCCAUCCUCACCAAUGCCCUGACGGUGAAAAUAGGCCUGGCAGCCAUGGCCAGGGCAGUCCUCUUCUUCCUGCCCCUACCUUUGCUCCUCCUGCCCCUUCCCUUCUGCAGCUCACGGGUCCUGUCACACUCCUUCUGCCUGCACCAGGACGUGAUGAACCUGGCCUGCGCCAACACCACCCCCAGCCUGGUCUAUGGUCUCACCGCCAUCCUGCUGGUCAUGGGGCUGGACGGACUCCUCAUCUGCAUCUCCUACGUCCUGAUCCUCAGGGCCGUCUUGCGCCUGGCAUCGUGGAAGGAGAGGCUCAAGGCGUUCAGCACCUGUGUUGCCCAUAUCUGCGUGGUCCUGGCCUUCUAUGUGCCCCUGAUCGGGCUGUCCGUGGUGCACAGGUUUGGGAGAGGCCUGGCUCCGCUGGUUCGUGUUGCCAUGGGGAACGUCUACAUCCUGGUGCCUGCUGUGCUCAACCCCAUCAUCUAUGGGGUGAGGACCAAACAGAUACAGAGGAGGAUCCUGAAUUUAAUUCACAUAUACAAAAUCAGAACUGCUCAGUGACCUGUGCUUGGCUAUUGUCUCUUGUAUCCUCACACCAUCUCAUCUCGUUUUUCACUCAGAGUCUCUGGAGGAGGGACUGUCCUCUGUUUGUACAGCACCUAGUACACGGCCAAGAGACUCCUAGGCUCUACCACUAGGCAAAAAAUAAAUAGCAAUUGUAAACUCCUUCCAAAAGUGUUUACCCCCACCAAACUCAGAGUGAAUCUCGUAGGACGACCCAAACCCAACCCUGACCAG